CUUCUCGUCAUCGACGCAAUAAACCUCACCUAUAGAAGAAAUUCUACUGGAAGACGGUCAAAAUGUCCAAGAUUACCGUCGCUGGUGUGCGUCAGCAAGUUGCUGAGCUCCUGGAGUACAGCAACGAGACGAAGAAGCGCAACUUCCUGGAGACCGUCGAGCUCCAGAUCGGCCUGAAGAACUAUGACCCCCAGCGUGACAAGCGUUUCUCGGGCACCGUCAAGCUGCCCACCGUCCCGCGCCCGAACAUGAGCAUCUGCAUUCUCGGUGACCAGCACGAUCUCGACCGUGCCAAGCACGGCGGUAUCGAUGCCAUGAGUGCCGACGACCUGAAGAAGCUCAACAAGAACAAGAAGCUCAUCAAGAAGCUGGCUCGCAAGUACGAUGCCUUCGUCGCCUCCGACACCCUGAUCAAGCAGAUUCCCCGUCUGCUGGGUCCUGGUCUGUCCAAGGCCGGCAAGUUCCCUACGCCCGUCUCGCACUCCGACGAUCUCAGCGCCAAGAUCAACGAGGUCAAGUCGACCGUCAAGUUCCAGCUGAAGAAGGUCCUGUGCUUGGGCGUCGCUGUCGGCAACGUCGGCAUGACCCAGGACCAGCUGGUCGCCAACAUCAUGUUGGCCAUCAACUACCUGGUCUCGCUGCUCAAGAAGGGCUGGCAGAACGUUGGUAGCCUGACCAUCAAGGCUACCAUGUCGCCUCCCAAGCGCAUCUACUAAAUGGGGUGACGGGAAGGAAACGGCUUGGAGGGGGUCUCUCUGGCCGCACAGGGCAUCACUUCAUAGCAUGAUCGGAUCUGCCGGGCGAGAGCCCGAUAGCGUCAUGAAUAUAUGAGUUUUGUUCUGUGAACCUGGUUCGGGAAUGGUGUGUGUUGUCCGUGACGGAUACGUCUCGCUGGGGCAUUCUUUCCAUCGCCCGGGUGGCAAGAGGCAAGAGUUGCCUGGUGCACUUGUCUUACACAUGGGGGAAUGCAUGGUUGCAGUUCCUUCCACGCCUGCUCACCAUCGUCUUUCCGCGCUCCAGGCUGUGAUACUGCCACGGGACUACUGAAUUCCGUCAUUUCAUUCUUCGCGUCUUGCAAACACUCGGCACAAGUUUCGGCACUAGUCGCGUAACUAUAUGUCCCCCACCUCUACGCAGAUGUCGCGUAGGAGGGACAGUGGGUAAACAAAAGCAACUUCAGAAAUAGAUUGGUCUCAAGCGGUAGACCGUCGUUAUCGAC